AUGAAAUGUGAAAGCAAAUGUUACGUUCAUGAAAGAGCAGUCGACAACUAGCCACGACCUGUCGCAAACGAAUGCAUAGACUAGACUCGGACCACUUACAUUACAACUAGAAUCAUUCCACCAAACACUUAAACAACAAUAUUCCAAGUUAAUAGUCAGGGCCAUUAGGCGCGCCACUAAUUUCUUACGAACAUUUAUAGCGCUGAUGCUAAACUAAUCGGCGAGGUAGCAAAGCAAGGCGCGUCCGUGAAUCAGUUUGCACGCACCAGUAGUAGGCGCUGAAACAUCUGCUCGUAUCACACGGGACACGGUCGCUGAUAACGUGGUUAGUCGGUACAGGUUGCUCGCGGGUGCGGGCGGCGGCACACAGCUCCACCAUGGACGCUCGAGAGCCCGGCGCGCGGUUCUCAGUCAACUUCAAUGGGAAACAAUACGACCUGGACCGCUUCAUGCGGGACCACCCUGGAGGAGUCAACACUCUCAAGUUUUACAAAGACAAGUCCAUAGUGCAAGUGAUGGCCAAGUACGGACACAGUAACAGUGCGUACCAUAUGAUGAAUGACCUGAAAGUGGACAGUGCUCAGUUGAAGGACGUGAACUUGACCGGUGCAGUGAGUGAGAACGGGAGGAUCAUUACGAAGGAAGAGGACACGAGGGACGUCGAGCAAAUUAAGUUUCUGGAGGAACUAGAGGCGCGGUUAGAUUGGUCAAAACCUCUUUUAUGUCAGCUGGAUGCCAUCGCCCCUCACUACGACACUUGGGUGAACUCGGCAGUGUAUAGGAAGUGCAGGCUCUUCGCCAGUCCUGUCCUGGAGAGCUUCACGUACACACCUUGGUAUUUGGUGCCUAUGUUCUGGGUACCUAUCAUAUUGUACCUUGGAGUCACACAGUAUAUGGAGCUGGUUGCUUGUGGAGAUUCCUGCAAGCAGACGUCGCUGACAACCAUUCAGUAUAUCUAUCACAUAGUAUUAGGGAUAUUAUUAUGGUCUAUCCUGGAGUACAGUCUACACAGAUGGGUGUUCCAUCUCAAUCCAGGAUCUUCAGUCACGAUGAUUAAGCUACACUUUCUCAUACAUGGAAUGCAUCACAAGGUUCCAUUCGACGGGCUCCGUCAGGUGUUCCCACCAGUACCUGCGUUCCUGCUGUCAGUCGUGAUAUAUUCAAUAUUGCAGUUUUUCCUCGACUACUCAUACAUUAAACUCACUGGAGGACUCAUUGGGUACCUGACGUACGACAUGAUUCACUACUACGUGCACCAUGGCUCGCCCCGUGAUGGCACCUACCUCUACGCCAUGAAGAGGUACCACUCUAACCAUCACUUCAUCAACCAUGACAAAGCCUUCGGCAUCAGCAGUAAGCUGUGGGACAUAGUUUUCAGAACAUUUGUCCACGUAAAAAAGUUAGGUUUUAGCUUACAUUGGUAGGAUAAGCUAAGCAUAUUUAGCAUAGCUAGGUACUGAGUUAAAAUUGUUGAUAUUCUGCUAAAGUUUAUUUAAAAUAUGAAGCCAGCACUGUUGUGAACCUCCGCCGGAGGGCAUGAGGGUUGAAAUAUUUUAAAGAUUUUUAAUCUGUGUAAUAUAUGAGAGCGAUUGUUAAAGUGUUAAUAAUUUUUUAUUUUAAAGUUCAUUUUUUAUUUAAGAUUACCUAUUGCCCGCGACUUCGUCCGAGUAGAAUAAGAACUUUUUGUUUUAAAUUUCCAAAAUAAAAAUAACCCAUUUUACUCCUUAAUACAUCAGCUACUUCCGAAGCUUUGCAAAAUCGGUCCAGUCAUUCCAGAGAUUAGACAGUACAAACAGGCAGACAAAAAUUGUAAAAAAAUGUUAUUUUGGUAUGUGUAUAUUAAUGUAUAUUCCAUAUGCACGUAGUAAGAGGCGGUUAUUUUAACAUUACAAGCAGAAACUCUAAUUUUAUCUAUCUGUAUAGAUUUUUAAAGUGUGGAACACACAGUGUGUCUUUUUGCUUCUUAUUUGUGUACACUCUGCUUAUCCUUUGGGAGUAUAAGUUUUGAUUUUUUUUACACUGCAAUCGAACUAUAGAUCUUAUAGUCUACAUAUUAUAUUUAGAUCGCAAUGUUAAACACAUAUAAAGUUAUUAUCUAAUUAGUUUAUGCGUAGUGACAGUAUGUAUAAGUAAAAGCAUUGACCUCUUCUAACUGUGUCAGAUUUCAAGGUUCGAAGUAAAAGUAAUACUAGAUAUCAAGCUUAUUAUUCUGCGAUAGGUUAGGCAGAGUUAUCCUGCUACUGGUAACAGCUGACAGAGGUUAUUUGAUUGCCGAUUAUAAUUAUAAACGGCAAAAACGGUAAGUUUCAAUGAACUGUCAUCUGUAGAUUUCAAUAGCAUAUCAGUCCAAAAACCCUGGAUUGAGAUCGAUUUUGAUAUUUGUUUCCGUCAAAAAUCUAAUUGAAAUCAGCCGUAAGUACCU